GGGCGUGUCCAGGAGAGUUGGAACGCGGCGGCUUGGGCGGCGGGGGUUGGCCCCCUCCGGCAAGCGGAAAGCGGCAGCAGAGUGCGGUCUGUCUGGCCGACUGCCUGGUGGGGCGCGAGACGCGAGGGCCCCCGGCUGAGGAGCCGAGUGGCUGAAGAUGGUGGACUACCUGGCAAACACGGAGAUCAACAGCCAGCGCAUCGCGGCUGUCGAGAGCUGCUUCGGGGCAUCGGGGCAGCCACUGGCCCUGCCGGGCCGAGUGCUGCUGGGUGAGGGCGUGCUGACCAAGGAGUGCCGCAAGAAGGCCAAACCGCGCAUCUUCUUCCUCUUCAACGACAUCCUGGUGUACGGCAGCAUCGUGCUGAACAAGCGCAAGUACCGCAGCCAGCACAUCAUUCCGCUGGAGGAGGUGACAUUGGAGACGCUGCCGGAGACUCUGCAGGCCAAGAACCGCUGGAUGAUCAAGACGGCCAAGAAGUCCUUCGUGGUGUCAGCCGCCUCCGCCACGGAACGCCAGGAGUGGAUCAGCCACAUUGAGGAGUGCGUGCGGCGGCAGCUGCUGGCCACGGGCCUGCAGCCCAGCACGGAGCACGCGGCGCCCUGGAUCCCCGACAAGGCCACGGAUAUCUGCAUGCGCUGCACGCAGACGCGCUUCUCGGCGCUCACGCGGCGGCACCACUGCCGCAAAUGUGGCUUCGUGGUCUGCGCCGAGUGCUCCCGCGAGCGCUUCCUCCUGCCGCGCCUCUCUCCAAAGCCCCUGCGCGUCUGCAGCCUCUGCUUCCGCGAGCUGGCCGCCCAGAAGCGGAAGGAGGACGUGGAGGAGCAGGGCCUCGGGUCCCCCGGGCCGUCGGCCUACCUGGCGGGGGCCGUCUGCGGGGCGUCCAGUGGAGACGACGAUGACUCAGACGAGGACAGGGAGGGCAGUGGAGAUGGGGACUGGCCCAGCCACGUGGAGUUCUACGCCUCGGGCGUGUCCUGGUCAUCCUUCCACAGCUGACCCCAGGUCUGCAGCCAUGAGGGAGGGCUUCCCUUGUCACUUCGGUCCAAGCAGAUGCCUCUGCCCGAACCCCUGAGAGCGCAGAGUUCCCCAAGCUGCCCAGCCUUCCGAAGGGCCCUCCCUACCCCAGGGGACCCUACCCCAUGGGUAGAGGGCACAGCGGAAGUGGCUUCUUUUCUCCGAACCCCCAGUGCCUCUUUUUGGAUAUUGGCAUCUUUCUAGUUCCACUUAAGGAAAUUACCUUUUCAUUCAGCAAGCCCCAAAUACCUAGGCCUCUUGGGAACAAAUGUCCUUUCUCAGCCCUUUGAGCUGUAGCUCUAGAAUUAGACGAUCCCAGGCACCUUUAGGGACAAGAGAGAAGGUAGGACUGGAGUGAGGUCUCUGUUCUGAGGCCUUCAACCAGCACACCUGGCCCUGCCCCCUUGCAGAGAAGACUGUGGGUCCAGAGAGGCUUCCAGGAAGCCAGCAUCUACCCACCCACCUUGCUGAUGCCCACCUGUCUGGCUGGUUGGGCCUUGUCAGGCCAGGCAUGUGAGCUCACUCAGAGCAAGGCAGGAGACUGCCAUCCUGUGCACGCCCGCCAGCCCCAGGGACUGCAGUCUGAGCUCUCCAUGGUCCAGGGCGGCCUGCCCAGGCCUCUGGUCCAGUCUGAGCUCCCUCUAGGUAUCUGAUGCCUCUCAGUCCUAUUUUCCUCCCUCCCUCUGCUGGGGAAAGCAGUGUUUUCUGUUAAGACUCUUACUGCAAGUGACAGAAACCCUAUCCAGACUGACUUAAUAAUAAAAAGAAGGUUUAUUCACUCGUGGUUGAAAAGUC